GUUACAGUCCAAAUUCAUUUCAACUCACUUUUCGCCAGAGGAGAGACAGAAAAAAAGAAGAAAAAAGCAAUUGUCAUAUUUCAUAAAUCCUGCUGGUGUAGCAGAGGUAGCCACUGAACAAUGAGAGGGACAGCAAAGAAAGCUUGCUAUCAUAAGGCCAAUCAGGCAAGACCGAAUUCUACACAGCCUCUUGCAUCUCGGCACCCUGCCAUGAGGUGUUACGUGGUUGCGCUGUGCAGCGCACUCCUUACCUUGACUGCCGUUUCGCCAAUAGUUGCGGGCCCUUGUCCUGUGCCUACUUGCCAGCAACACAGACCACCUGACUGUCCAAGCCCAGGAAGCUCGUGCGGCUGCAGAUGCAAUAACUCGGGCGCUCAGGGACAACCGGGGGGUCCUGGUGGUGGAUACCCAUCUUCGCAACCAAGACCAUGUGGUGGGAGUGCAGGUUACAUUUCCGGUCAAGGUACAACAAUUGGCGGUGCUGUUACACAAACAACCGACUGCAAAAUUCAAGGAUGCCGUUCUGGAGAAAGACCACUUUGUUUAAGAUACGAGAAAUACGGAACAGGAUGUGACUGCAAAUGCGUACCAGCGUCGACAGGUUGUGGCAAUAACAGUCCUUGGGGAUUAUAUGUUUGCAUACAUGUCUGCUCCCAAGUAGACAAUACGUGCCUUUGCAGGUGUGUUGCCGAUCGACCAUUCAGUCCACCACCGCCCUGUAGGCAAAUCAACGGCUAGCAGCGAACUCUUCCAAGCGUGGCUGCAACAAGCUUUCUUUUUAAGAGCAGAAAAUAAAUGUUUACGAAGCAUC